AUGCAAGGGUCUACCAGCAUCAUGCUGGUAGCCGUGGUCCUGGCGAGCCUACUCGCGUCAGCCUCUGCCACCGACUGCUUGCACGAGGGCUCGAUGCAGAUUGCCGAGCUCGAAUUUACCUAUGGCUCUUUCACCCAAAUGGCCUUUGGCAACUUGGAAGAAGAAGCCGAAGACCUGACAGGCCACAGUGCCAGCGUGACUCAAUUGCGUCGCUUCUCCACGGCCUUUACCACUGAUGCCAUUAUCGCCAGCUACUCUGGCCAGAAUCCUGCCACGUGUGCCUGCGUCUGCGAGGAAACCUCUGGCUGCAAUGGCUUUUUCUAUUACUUUAACGCUAACAACGUGGCCAGUUGCAACCUGCUGCGCGACACGGGUUCGCUUGUCGCCACCAACUUGCACUGUGUGUCGUACGGACGCGCGUCGCGCCCCGUGACAACGACUCAGCGCCCCGUGACGACGACCGUCCAGCGCCCCGUUACAACAACCCAGCGCCCGGUGACCACGGCCACCACGACCACCACGCCCAGCAUCGACUUCACCCCCGGCGACCUCGACUGUUUUGAGAUGGUGUUUACUGCCAACAUUCCGGGUCAGACCGAAGACAGCCUCUGUUUUGACUCGUCCUUCUCCCAGGCCGAUGCGUCCCGCGUCAUUUCCGAUGUCAGCCUCGAGCGCUGCGGCGAGAUUUGUUACGCCGAUGCGUCUUGCGUGGGAUUUUUCUAUGGCCUUCAGGAGAAUUCGGUGGCCGAUUAUGAGUGUCGCCUGGUCGAUGACAUUGGCGAUGUAGCAGGCAUUCCAACCGACUUGUUUGGUGCGUCGUACGCCUUGAGCUGCGAGCGCACCACAACUGCUCGUCCCACCACAACAAAGUCGACUACCACCACGACCACCACUACUACCACCACUACUACCACCACCACGACCACUACCACCACUACCACGACCACGACCACCACGACCACUACCACAACGACAACCACAUUUGACAUUGACCUCACCCCCAUCGACGUGGAUUGCUUCGAGAUUGUCUUCACCGCCAACGUGCCCGGUUACGAGAACGACGGCAUGUGCUUCGACACGGCCUUCUCCCAGACCGACGCGGCGCGAAUCAUCGAGGGUCUUAGCCUUUCCGAGUGUGCCACCACCUGUCGCCACGACGCCACGUGUGCUGGCUUCUUUUAUGGCUUGAAAGAGAACACUGAGGAUGUGUAUCAGUGCCGCCUUGUUCAGAGCAUGGGUGAUACGGGCGUGAUCACCGAUGCAGUGGGUAUUUCGUACAUGUACACCUGCCCACGCACCACGACGACCACGACGACCACCACAACAACCACGACGACCACCACAACGACCACGACGACCACCAAGCGCAUCUUGACGACGCGCCAGAUCAGCAUCAUCCCUACCCCGUUGCCGUGCCACGAUUUGCUUUUUACCGGUGCCAUCCUCGAUACCCCCCACACGGCUGAUCUGCGCGUGAGCACCGCGUUUUUGGAGAGCGAGAUUCUCUUCCGCCUGGAACUGCCUGACCUCGCCACCUGCGCCGACCGCUGCAGCGACAUUGGUCAGAUCUGCCGAGCUUUCUUCUUUUACGAGAAUAAAGCCAAUGGCAAGUUUAUGUGUCACCUGCUUCGCUCAUCUGGCACGGAUGCCGGCGUGUCGACAUCCCUCAACAGCGUCUCGUACAUCAAGACGUGCCUCUCGAGCACGUCCACCUCCACCUCCACCAGCUCGUCCCCGACAACUGCCACGUCGACAAGCACCAGCACCAGCACCGAGGCCCUCGACCUCUGCCCCAUGUACAUGGACUGCUUUGAUCUGAUCUACACGGGUGACAUUGUGGACGGCAUUGAGGACAUGGAGGUGCGCUUCUCCACGGCCUUUGAUGAUCAUGCCAUUCUACACACCUUCUUUGACCUGAGCCUGCACGAGUGCGCCACCCAUUGUCGCGAGAUGGGUAACAUGUGCCACGGCAUUUUCUACUAUGUGGCACCCGGUAAUCGCUAUGCGUGCAACCUGUUGAACGACGUCGGCAACGACUCUGGCGUAAGCACCGAUCUGGCAUCGCUGAGCUACCGCCACACGUGUCUUUCCUCGACCUCGACCUCAACUUCCACUUCCACUUCCAUCAGCACCUCAUCGAGCACGAGCAGCUCCGAGUACAUUCCUGACAUGGUGCCCGUGGUCAUCGACUGCUACAGCCUGAUCUUCACCGGUACUGCGCUCCUCGGACCCGAGGAUGCUCCUUACCGCUUCAGCACGGCCUUUCGCAGCACGGCCUUGAUCGAGCAGAUUCGCGACAUCUCCAUUCCCGAGUGCGCCGAGGCCUGCAAGGAUCUCGGUCAUCAUUGCAAGGGUUUCUUUUACUACCGUCUCCCCGAUAUGAGCUACCGCUGCCGCCUUUUGGAUGACAUUGGCACCCCGGAGGGCGUUUCCACAACCGAGCAAGGCUUUUCUUACAUGGCGCAGUGCCUGAGCUCCACGUCCACGUCCACAUCUUCCUCAUCCUCCUCGUCUUCCUCUUCGUCCUCCUCCACCAGCUCGUCGACCUCGACCUCGACCUCGACCUCGACGUCAACCAGCACCCCCUAUCCCAUCCCCGAGCUCAACUUUGAUUGCUUUGAUCUCACCUUUGCCGGUGAUGUCAACUACAACAUGCAUGGCCAUCGCCGCUUUUCGACGGCCUACAGCGACGACGCGAUUAUCGACAAGGAGCGCUUCGUGUCUCUGCAGGAGUGUGCCGAUAUGUGCCUGGACAUUAACGAGUGCGUGGCCUUUUACUUCUGGACGGCGAACGACGACCAGCAAUCACGCUGCCACCUUCUGAACGAUGCUGGCACGUUUGAGGGCACCGAAACGAUGGAUCGCAGUGUGAGCUACUACAAGACGUGUCGACCCGUCAUUGCCCGCCCGACCGAGUGCAUCGAGAUUGUGGACGAGUAUGAUCUGGCUUGCGUCGGAGCUGUCGCUGGUAAUUUGCACCCGGGUGUUCUGGCGGUUGACCCGAACGGCGAGCAUUACCUGGCCUGUGAAAGUGGCAACCUCUCGGCAGGCCGCUGCGCCGGCCGUUGCGACACCAUCUGGGGCUGCACUGCCUUCACCUACCAGUAUGAUGAGGCCCUCGAUGAGUGGGCAUGUACCUACUUCAGCGCCGUUCUGGACACGGUCAUGUGCAACGAAACAGACCAUUACGUGCUGUCUUACACGCGCAGUGACUCGCAUUCAGGUCCUUUGAUGCCGACACUCACGCCCACCACGGAUCAUCCAACCGCUUCGGAUGACGACGCCGACGAUGACGAUGAUGAUGCUACCACGGCCGCCGCCGGUGGCAUUGGCAAUGCCCCGCAAUUGAUUGAGCAGUGCAGCUUGACCUUUGUUGGCGACGUUGACGGUUCAGGCAACCCCGCGGCGCGCCGCUUUUCGUCGGCCUAUGACGAUGACAGCACGCUGCGCGUGCUUGACGGACUGACCAUGAGUGGCUGCGCAGAGGCAUGCGAGUUGUUCGGUGCCGCAUGCAAGGGCUUUUUCUUUUGGGAAGCUCGCACUGGAGAUGUGGGCAUGAAGUGUCAUUUGCUCAGCGAGCUGGGCACUUCGACCGGCGCCAAGACCAGCUCUGUCAGCGUUUCUUAUACUUGCGCGUCGUACACCUACCAACUGGACUUUGAUACGGCCGUCACUGCUCGCCGAUACACGACUGCGUUUGACUCUGCCGCCGUAUUGGACAAGGAAACAAGCACGAGCGUGACUCAGUGCAUGGACGCUUGUGAUAUGGAGCUCGACUGCGCGGGCUUCUUCCUCUGGCACACAUCCUCUGGCAUGCGCUGCAACCUCCUGAGCGACUUGGGUCUCUCGGUGGGAGCCUCGACCAGUCUCACGGGUAGCUCGUACGCCAAGGUUAUGGAUCGUCGUCGCUCCGCCGUCGAGCAGGGCCAAUCGUAUGCCCAUCCCAUGUCACAGGCCAGUCGCGGCUCCAGCACUGGAGUGGUGGCUGUUGUGCUGGCUGUGGCCCUCAGCGUCAUGUUGCUUUUUGAUGCCAAACGGCCCUGGGCUGAGCGAACUGCAUUGGCCCAAGAACUGCUUGACCGUGCCGAGGACACCUUUCGUCAAAUUGUUUGGAAGUGGAUGCAGAGCGUUGCGUCAAGCAAGCAAGAGGCCGGCCAGACGUUGGAUUCAAGCUAUCUAGGCUUCCUGGAGACUUUCUUGCACAGUUCCAAUGAUGCCAUUCGGGUUGCGGCGCAUCAGUCUGUGCUUGCCGUCGUGGCACGGCUGGCUGACCCAAAGGGCUCCAAAAGUUACACUCCUGAGAGUGUGACAGCCGUGCUACGCUGCGUGCAGUUGGCAGCGCCGGCUCACAUCUGGACCGUUGCCGACUAUCAGAAGCUUUUGCCCGCCUUUGCCUUGUGGUUCUACCAGCGGCACCGCGUUGAGGACGCAUCUUUACCAUCUGACGACCUGCCCCCACCCGAAACCGAUCUGUCCUCGGAUCCCCGCGGCUUGACGCUGCAAGGCGAAGCGGAGCUUGUGGUUCUGCUGCAGCAAUACGGGGCUCUGCUCGCGCAGCUCGAUCCAUCUCGCGCUCAGUUCGAGACCAACCUGUCGCUCCUCCCCGAGCUACUGGGUCUCUGUGCGUGCCCACUCGCCAGUUACACGCGCGUGGCCCUUCAGCGCGUUUUGGCCGCCAGUUACGGUCGUGCCUAUCACCUGUCCGAUGCUACAUAUGCCACGGUUCAGGUGUGGCUUCGUGAGGAAUCUUUGGACACCAAGAUUGAUCUUGGCCUGCUGCGACCCCUCGCCCACGGCCUGCACAAGGCCUUGGGCAAUCCCAACCCAGACGUGCGGCCGGGAUUGCCCUACCUCUUGCGCUGUCUGCUGGUCGAAACACCGGCACCCAGUGCCAUGCUUCUGUACUUCUUGUUCCUCCACCUCGCCACCCAACACGGUCUAGCCCUCAGCUCGACGCCCGUGGCUUCCACCCCCAACACCCCAGAGAAUGGGCAGCCCAAGAAAAAACGAACCAAACGCGCCACUUCCUCCGUGUCCUCCGCCCCGACCGUGGGUGACCCGGCUUUGUGGCACAGCAUGGCCGACUGUACCGCGGAGCUGGCUCGGGCGGGUGCCUACGACGAAGGUCAGGAUCUGGUGCACGACGGGCACCUGGCUAGCCGGCUGCAAGACAUUUUUCGGCACUGCUUGCGCGUGACUCAGGCGUUUGCCUCCUCGUCGGCCAAGGCCGGGAUUGCUCAUUUCCUUGAAACGCUUCUUCGUGUUCACCACAAGUUCUGUCCUGACGACGCCUUGAGCGGAUACUUUGGCUUUCUGGCUGAGCAGGAAGAUGCCAAUGUUACGCGACAGGGGGUCGAUCUUCUUGUCCAGACGCAUGUCCGCAUUCAACAGCUGGAGCAGCUGGUCAAAGCCCUCCUGCCUCGGCUGACCCCGCACACGAGCACGGCCGAGAAUCUUUUGUCUUGCGUGACCAGCAGUAUGCAGGCUCAUUUACCCACCGCCCCGCCUGCCGUGACUGGUCGUCUCUUGCGGGCCGCCACGGCCGCCGUUCUGGCUGUGCAUCCCAUCAGCACGCUGGCGCUACAGCUUUGGUGCGCCAUCGCUGAUAACCUGAUCGUCACACCUCACUACUUUGAGGAGGUGGCCCCGCUUUUGACUGGUGGUCUCCAACAGCUCGGCGCACAAUACGCUGGCCAACCGCGCGUCUUGCACCGGGCCCAACGCCGGGCACAAGCCUUCGUGCAUCGGUUUGCCGAGGUAGCGGGAACCGAUUUCGGGGAAGCUGCGCUGGUUGACAGCAGCGCUGACGUGCCUGUGGGCCACGACAAGGAUCUGCAAGUUCAGCUGGACAAUGAGUCGAUUGCAGCGGGGACACAAACAGAUCUUGGGCCCGCCGCUUGGCUGAGCGAAGAUGCCUUUGAAGACGCUGCUGCCCAUCCAGCUUUGGCGGCCCGUGUGAGUACCCAGCUUUUUGCUUGGUUGGCUCAAAUGAAGGCGGCGCCUGCACAGGGAUUGGAUUUGGAGCACGCAUGUCAGGUCACGGUCGAGUCGGCACGACAAGGCGCUGUCCCAGCAGAGCUUCCGUUGUUCAUCGAGCGUCUGGCUCAGAUGCCCUUGCGGUUUGCCGAUCUACGGGACAUCGUGGACAUGGUCCCUGCCCUUGUGGCUGUCCUGGGCGCCACCUGGUACUGCGCGACCGACACAGCGCUCAUGGUUUUGGACAUGCUGGCUGCAUUGCUGGCUGAUCCCAUCAAGCGCAUGCCCAACAAAGCCCAUGAUCAGCUUGUCACGCGCGUCGUGCAACGGAUCUGUCGUCUGGACAUGGACGUGCUCACCACUCCAACUCAGUAUCGAGCAGUUGCGUGUUUGCUCGCUGCCGCCCAUCAGGGCCAAGCGGACGAGCUACCAGCAGCUUGGCGCAAACACUUGAAGCGUCAUCUAGAAGCUGGUGUAGCCUUUGUUGAUGCCUAUCUGAGCGUCAAUCCAAAAGCGUGGCCAGCCGUGCUUGCGUUGGCGCAGCGCCACCUCGAGCGCUUUGCAGAGCCGACCCUGGAUACCCCGACGCAAGUGGCGUUGGGUCGCAUUUCCAAUGCCUUGCUGGCACAAGGACAACACACUUGCCCACCAUUGGUCACGUGUUUGGAGCGCUUGCGUGUCACACGCGAUAGCGAUGAAGUGGCUGUUCUGGUGGAGCACGUGCAACAGCGCACGGCCGAGCUGCCGGCGUUGGCCAACUGGCAAGACUUGUUAGUUUGUGCACUUGUUGCCGAUUUUGGCCCUUCCGAAUGGAAUGCCAAUGGGUCUGCAGCGGCACGGCAUGCUUUGUGGGCUACCUGCAUUCUGCAUCCCACCACUUCCUCUUGGGCUUUGGGCUGUUUACUCGCUGUGAAAAAGACCACACCUACAGAGGCCCAGGCGCUGGCGGCACUUGAAGUGCUGCAGCUUGUCGGCAAUCAGGCCCGAACGGGCGGAGAGAUGCGUCUGGCCCGCCGCCUGUUCCCCGUCACUUGCACGCUGGCAGCCCACUUGGCCAGCCAACACCCAACUCCGUCUAUUUGGGCCGGUGUCCUAAGCACCCUGGCGGCUCUUUUGAACGUGGGAUCCACCCGCAUUGCACCUGCUGCAGCGCUACGUGCCUUGGCUCUGGCCUGCACCUGCUCACAGGAUGGGAGUCGGGACCCUCAAAUUGGUUGCCAGCUCGUAACGGCCCGCGAUCACUUUUUGUCGCGCAUGAUGGUUCAGUCCCGGGUUGUAUUGGAAAGUGCGACAGCGUCCUUGCUUCAUCUGAUUCGGGCCCAGCUACGCGAUGCAUUUGCUGUGGCGCGCCGGAAUCACGGGCUGGCCGAGCAACACCAUCUGAUUCAGCGGGUGUCAAAGGAGCUUGAGUUGUUUACGCAGAGCAAGCUGGUGGCUGGCAAGCACGCCUCUUUUUUGGUUGUGAGCUGCAUCACCAUCUUGGGUGAAGCACACGCGCUGCAUCCUUCCAGCCGCAAGCACCUGCAUCCCGGGCUAUUCAAGCUCAUGGCCUUGGUCAACGAGUCAGAGAAGAACCUCGUCUUUACGCUCUUGCCAAAACACGUGCGUCAAGUGUUUAAGCAGCUCAUGGAGGCCAGCCAGGCCCAGGCCUUCCGAGGCUCCGUUUAAAUUAGUCCUAUUGGGUUGCUGAUUGAGUCGUCGUGGCGACUUUGAUAUGUUUGCGUGGAGCGCUGAGCGUUCUGCAACGGCAAAUUGAAGCCCCUCUCAAGA